UUAUUCCUCUAUUUAAUUAUAUUUCCCCCCUUUUCAGGUUAACAAUAAGAAGGGGCUAAACCUCGCCGGCGUCUUGUUCUGAUUCCGUCGUCUUCUCUCGUCCCAACCUUUUGAAUCGAGAAAUGGGCUCCGGGAGCAGUCGCCUGGACUCUCGAUUUACGCGGCACCGCCCGGAAGGCCAACCGAGGGUUGGAAUUGCUGCUUUCCUCUGCGGCGGAGCCGCGGCGGCAGCCUCCUGCUCCGACCCUCCUCAGAUUGAACAUAAACCCACAGAGAAAUCAAUCAUCCAAGCAACACUCAGUGGUUCUCUGAUAUCUUCUAAUAUCCAAAUCUCAGUCAAGGAGUCGCCUCUAGACAUUACCCAAGGAAACAGGUCUUCUAGCUCCACCAGUGUUGACAAUUUGUCUAGUCAAACCAAUAAUGGUGCAAAUUCUUCUAGCUCCACUAGUGUUGACAAUUUGUCUCAUCAAACUAAUAAUGGUGCCAAUUCAGAUAACUUGGAGAACUUUUAUGGGCAAAUAUAUCAUUCCGGGACGGUUUCUGAUCUACCAAGUGCCUCUAUCCAACAUGAGAGUACUGAUACUGUAUCUCCAUUGUGCAAGGUUGCUAAUUGCACAAGUCAACACGAUUCCUUUAGUUUGCUAAGCUUCGCAAGUAGCACAAAUCAACUCCAACCUUUGGAUUUGAGUGCAAACGAGAUUUUAGCUAAUCCUUAUGAGUCUGUGAGCAUCCCUACUAGUGAUACAGACCAUGUUCCUACUCUUCCAAGUGUAUCCACAACAAUUUUUCCAGCUGAAGAUUUACUUGUUGCAUCUUCUCUCGGCUCAGAUGCCCCAACAUCAACAAGAUCAAGUGAGGAGAGAACUGGAAGUGUCCUUCAGGUUGAUUUGGUCAGCCUCUCCUCUGAUGUUUCCAGCAAUCCUGGAGAGAGAAGCAGUAGUGAAUCGCGAAGGAACACUAGAAGGCUUUUCUGGGAUGCCUUCUCUAGACAGAGUUAUAGAACUCUUGACUCGACGCCAUUAUUUUCAUCUCCAGAAAAUAGUGAUCUAGGAUAUCAAGAUAGGUGGCUACUAGACAUUGGUGAUCGUGCUUUUAGAGAUAGGGAUGAUGAUGAUUCAAUAUACCUACGCCGUAGACGCCAUGGUUUAAAUGGAGUUAGUUGGCAUUCAAGAUCUGAGAUAAGGGAGCGGCUUCGCUCUGGCUUAAGUAAUAAUGAUGGACAAAGAUGCCCAUCUGGUUUGCACAAUGAUGGGGCAUGCUCUUGCACACUGUUAGUGACUGAGGUGUCAAGCAUAACAAGAAUUUUUGUAUUAGCUGAAGCCUUAUUUGAGGUAUUGGAUGAGAUUCAUCGCCAACGUGGAUCCCUUCCACAUUCAUUUGCUUCGGUCACUGCUCCGGAAUCUGUUGUCAGCUCUUUGCCAACAAAGAUUCACAAAAAAGUUGAAACUGCAUUAAGCAUUGAUAAUGUCGAACAAUGCUACAUUUGUCUGGCCGAUUAUGAGAAUGGGGAUGCCAUAAGAAUUCUUCCCUGUCACCAUGAAUAUCACAUGAUCUGUGUUGAUAAGUGGCUGAAAGAGAUUCAUCGGGUGUGCCCUCUGUGCCGUAGAGAUGUCGGUGAAGGUGUUUCUCCAAGUUCAGUCCCUAAUCAGUGAAAAUCUCAUGUUCAACGAUAGGUAUCAAUAUGCCAGGUACCUGUGACUCGUUGAAUAAUAUGGUGAGAAUUGUCCACGUCUUAGAAAAAGGGAAGGUAUUUUUUUUUUUUGGUAAAACUAUAAAGUGAUUGUUGUAGAAUAUGCCAGUGCUGUAGGAUAUCUUGAAAUAUUCUAGUCCCAUAUUUUCUGUUGCACAGUU